CAUGCUUCCAAUUGAAUUGGCAUGUUGGGCUAAUCAGCCUCUUAUGGUGAAUUAUUUGUUUGAAAAUACUCGACUGGAUUAUUUGAACCGUCACUUAUCCAUUGAAGAAGACAUUGUUAGGGUGUUUUUCUUGGCUCUUACCACCAGCAAUUAUAGUGUGGCAUCUUCAUUGUUGGAUAUGUAUUCCGAACUUGCCAGAGCCGAAAACAAUGACGGACUAACUGCAUUGGAAGUCAUUGCCAAAUUGCCCUCGGAGGGUGAUGAAGCUGGAUAUAGAGACAUUGUGCGUAUGGUAUUUGAGCAUAUGGAAGGGGAAGAGUUUGAGUGUGCAAGAAUUUCAAAAGCAAUGUUUGAUGCAGCAAAAUUAGGAAACGCCAUAAUUUUAGAAUUUAUGUUUGGAUACAAUGCAAAUUUGUUGAUGGAAGUGAAUUCAAAGGGGCAAAGCUUACUUCACAUAGCCAUUCUAAAUCGACGAGUAACUACAUACCAAUUAAUAUUGAGCAAGGGUGCAUACACCAAUGCUAUUCUGCAAUUCCUUGAUUUUAAGGGAAACAAUAUUCUUCACUAUGCUGGAAAGCUUUCAGCUGCAGAAAGAUUUGGAACACCUUGUCAUUCUCUACUUCUCAGUGAGGAACGAUGGUUUCAGGAAGUGGCAAGCAUAGUUCCAGGUGCAUUUAAAAGCAUGAAAAAUGUGAAAGGACGAACUCCAGAGGAAAUAUUUUAUAAGAAACACAAAGAGCUUCAUGAAAGAGCUAUGUCAGAACAGAAUGAAACAGCAAACAAUUUUAUGAUUAUUGGAACUCUUGUUACCACCUUGGCUGUAACUGCUGCUCUCACUAUUCGGACCAACACUGUUCAAGGACCAACUCCUGUCUUUAAAGAGACCACAUGGUACAUAUUAUUCCUUCUAUCAGUCGUUGUUGUAACAACCGUCCUUGUUCUUUCAAUGCUCUUUUUCACUUCAGUUAUACACAGCCCACGCAAGCAGAAAAUGUUUGACCAGGUCAAUGCUCGUCAUCGGAAGAUUGCAAUAGGGUGUUUGCUUCUUUUUCUUUCCAUAAUCACCAUUACUUUCACUGCUCUUUGUUCUGCUGUUUUAAUCUUCUCUUUCUUCCCCAAAUGGAUCUUCAUUUUCAUAAUUGCACUUUCUUCUGUGCCAUUGGUCUGCUGUGGUAAGAUCUAUGGUUUUGCUACCUCAAUAAGUCUUUUGGUACAUAAGAAUGAUCUUUUCUGAAGGCUCCUUCCGAUAUAAGAAAUUAUCUGAAUAGCGAUUAAUUUUAAAAUAAGGCCGUCAAAGUUCAAACAAAUGCCAAAUCAAGUUGGUCAUUGACGAGAGACUAACUGUUUUUGGUCAUGGAAAAAAUCAAUCGAUCGAAUUGGUCGGUAAAAUCAGUCUCUAUCCAAAAG